GGCUGGGCUGCCGCGGAUGGCGAUGUCUUCCUCGGGGACGCUGAGCAACUACUACGUGGACUCGUUCCUGCUGCACGAGAGCGACGAGCUGGUGCAGUCCCGCUAUGGCGCGGCUCCCCUGGGCCCGCCCGCCCGCCAGGCCAGCCUGGCCGAGCACCCCGAGUUCACCCCCUGCAGCUUCCAGUCCAAGGCGUCGGUCUUCAGCACCUCCUGGAACGCCGUGCACCCGCCCGGCGCGGCCAAUGUGCCCGCCGCCGCCGCCGCCGCCGCCGCCGUCUACCACCCGUACGUGCAUCACCAGGCACCAAUGGCAGCGCCCGAGGGCAGGUACAUGCGUUCGUGGCUCGAGCCCUUGCCGGGAUCCUUGUCUUUCCCCGGCUUGCCGGCCGGCCGGCAUUUCGGCAUUAAACCUGAACCGCUCACGGCCAGGAGGGGUGACUGUACCACCUUUGACACGCACGCACUCUCUCUGACUGACUAUGCUUGUGGUUCUCCUCCAGCUGAUAGGGAUAAGCAAGCCAACGACGGGGCGUUCUCGGAAAGCAACCAGCACCACGCGGAGAGCGAGGCAAACGGAGACAAACCCCAGCUCGAUCCAAAUAAUCCGGCUGCGAAUUGGUUACACGCGAGAUCCACUCGGAAAAAGCGAUGCCCCUACACCAAGCACCAGACGCUGGAGUUGGAAAAGGAGUUUUUGUUCAACAUGUAUCUCACCAGGGACCGACGGUAUGAAGUGGCCCGGCUCCUGAAUUUAACCGAGAGACAAGUGAAAAUCUGGUUUCAGAACCGGAGAAUGAAAAUGAAGAAAAUCAACAAAGACCGAGCGAAGGAUGAAUGAAUGAAUGGUGCUUGCUCCGGUUGCAGGUUCAUCACGUUUCAAAACCGCGAAAUCUCCCCCUUCAACGCAAGGCAGCACA